AACGAAAAAUAUUCCUGUUAAGCCAUUGAAGGACCAUCUUAGUGAGGGCACUCUGACUGCCAACAUUAUUAGUCCAGUAUUGCGCUCCUUCUUUCACGAUGCUUCAAUACAUCCGGCCAUUUGGCCCAACACUGCCAGUAUGAGUAGCAAAAUCCGUAAACUUGCCAAUCUAGAUCCCUCACGAGCAAAGCAACCAGACAUGAUCGGAAAUGUUGUGAAUAACAACAAAUCCAAAUACGAAAUUAUGUUUGGCAUUUUCAUGAAGGAUGCUCUUGAUCUUCUCAUUAAGAAGACAGGGGAAGAUCAUAUGAUUUUUGCGUGGCAAACAAUAGGACUCUAUAUUAUGUUCGAUACUGGCGAAACUGAACUUCCAAAGUCCUUUCAAACCUGCGGACAAUUCAUUAAUGGCAUUGACAAUUUGUUCACAUUCACUGAAAAAUACGAGAAUGAAGUGCAAAGGCUUCGUGAUGAUAUUAACAAAAAGAAAGAAAAUGGUAAUGUUCCUGUAGAAAUCAUAAAUAGGUUGAGAGCUACGUUGAGAACACCGCAGUUUAAAGAAAUAGUUAAACGUAAAUAA